AUAAUUUUCUCAUCAAAUUUUCUAAAUUGUUUUGCUUGUCGUGUUUUUCAUAGUGAUUUUUUUUUGGAAAUUUUCUUCUCGGUUUCCACGUGUAUCAUCGUUGAAUAUUUCAUUAACACCAUCAAACAACGAAUAAAAUGGCUGAUAAUUUUUUAGUAGAAUAUGAUAAAGAUGUUGCCGAUCCAUCAAAAGAUCCAAUGGAAUUAUAUAAUCGUUUAUUGAAACAAUUUAAUGAUGAUGGUGAAAAAAAUGUUGAAUAUUGUUAUCGUUUGGUUAUUAUUUGUUUAACAUUAUCUGAUUGUGAAUUGAAAAAAAAGAAUAAAUCUGAAGGAAAAAAAUGGGAAGAAGAAGCAUUAAAAUAUGCUAAAAAAGCUAUAGAAUUGGAUCCAAAAUCGAUGAAUGCACAUAAAUGGUAUUGUGCUGCUGUUGGACGAAUGGCACCACAUGUCAGUACAAAAGAACGUAUUCAAAUGGGACAUCAAUUUAAAGAACAUCGUGAUAUUGCCGUUUCCAUUGAUAAUAAUGAUGAAUUAAUGCAUCAUAUGUAUGGUCGUUGGUGUUCAGAAGUAGCCAGUCUUUCAUUUAUGGAACGACAAAUUGCAAAAACAUUUUUCGGUACACCACCUGAAGCAACAUAUGAAGAUGCAUUAGAAUCAUUAAAAAUGGCUGAUAAAUUAAAACAUGAAUGGAAAGCAAAUCAUUUAUGGAUGGCUAAAGUAUUGAUUUCAAUGAAAAAAUAUCCAGAAGCAAUGCAAUGGAUUGAUGAUGGUUUAUCAUAUCCAUCAAUUACAGCUGAAGAUGGUGUUGCACAAUUAGAAUUAGAAUCAUUGGCAAAAUCUUAUGCAAAAUAUCGUGCCAAAUAAUAAUAAUUUCAAAUUGGUUCAACAGACAAGCGA